AUGGACAAAAAGGGCAGCUUCUGCAGCUCGUGGAAAAAACAAAUUGGAUGUUCCGGUGGCUACGAACAAUUUAUGAAAGAAAACUGUUACGCAACAUGUGGUUACUGUAUAAUGGCUCCCACACCAAUUCCACAUGUGGACCCAGAUGCCUGUCUCCAAGCCCACAAUGCCAAGCGGGCUCUUCAUGGUGCGUCAGCUUUGGUGUGGGAUGACAAGCUGGCUCAGGAUGCGAAAAGCUGGGCAGAUCACCUGGCUUCUAUUGGAUACUUAGUCCAUGCCCAGAACAUUGACGAAGGAGAAAACCUUUUCUCGAGCUCGAGCGGGUUUGUCAGUUCCUGUUCAGAUGCAAAGCAUCGUUAG